GACAUUCACAGUUGCCCUUUCGGCGCUGUGUUGUUGAAGGCAGCAGACCGGUCAUAUCUCUCCCGGUAUAUUUAUGUAGGAAGUCUAGAACAUGGACUGACCGCCGGCUGCACGAAUCGACGCAGAGCAACACUGUUAAACAGAAGGAUUAAUACUAAUUCUAACAGGUGAGUCUAUAAUAAUGACCAAAGAAGAUGAAAUUCCUGACUGGGCUGGAGCACAGGACUUCUAUGAGAAGUAUGAUCCGAAGGAAAUCCUUGGAAGAGGGGUGAGCAGUGUAGUUCGACGCUGCAUCCAUAAACGCACCACUCAGGAAUAUGCAGUCAAGAUCAUAGACAUCACGCCGUCAGAUAAAAUGAGCCCUGAGGAGAUCGAGGAGAUCAGAAAUGCCACAAUAAAGGAGGUUGACAUUCUCAAGAAAGUGUGUGGGCAGGAGAAUAUCAUUCAGCUGAAGGAUUCCUUUGAAACUAAAGCUUUCUUCUUCUUAGUGUUUGACUUGAUGAAGAAAGGAGAGCUUUUUGAUUACUUAACCGAGAAGGUUACGCUCAGUGAAAAAGAGACAAGGAAGAUUAUGCGGUCACUGCUGGAGGUGGUUCAGUUCCUUCACUCUCAAAACAUUGUGCACAGAGAUCUAAAGCCAGAAAACAUCCUUCUGGAUGACAAUAUGAACAUCAAACUCACUGAUUUCGGCUUUGCUGUGCAGAUUGCACCAGGACAAAAACUUAAUGAGGUAUGUGGAACGCCAGGCUAUCUAGCCCCGGAGAUUAUCGAAUGCUCUAUGGAUCCUCAUCACCAAGGUUACGGGACCGCCGUUGACCUCUGGAGUGCUGGGGUGAUCAUGUACACCCUUCUUGCAGGUUCUCCGCCUUUCUGGCACAGGAAGCAGAUGCUAAUGCUGCGCAUGAUCCUGGCAGGGAGCUACCAGUUCACCUCUCCGGAGUGGGAUGACCGUUCAGACACUGUCAAAGACUUGAUCUCCAGGAUGUUGGUGGUAAAUCCUGAGGCACGUUACACUGCCAGAGAUGCCUUAAACCAUCCUUUCUUCCAGCAGUAUGUGGUUGCAGAGGUGCGCCAUUUCAGCCCGUAUAGGAAAUUCAAGGUGAUCUGCAUGACAGUUCUGGCAACAAUGCGCAUUUACUGCAAUUAUCGACGUGCCAAGCCAGUUACCAAAGAUGUGAUCAAGAGUGACCCCUAUGCAGUAAAGCCUAUUCGCAAGCUCAUCGAUGCCUGUGCAUUUAAGAUUUAUGGACACUGGGUAAAGAAGGGCCAGACACAGAACAGAGCUGCCCUGUUUGAGAAUAGUCCAAAAGCUAUCCUGCUUUCUCUAGCAGCGGAAACAGAUGAUUCAUCUCUCAGAAUGAUGUAAUGGAUGUAAAGCACACUACUGAAAACUAUACAGGAUAAUAUGUUCAAGAAAUAGUUAUGACAUCAAUACCUCAUACUGCAUGACAUUGUGAGAUGUUUUAAUACGUCUUACAUGAGAGCAAAUAUACUGUUACUGAAAGAUUUUGUGAAACUGCACUGAACCAGGAUACCUGAAGUUCUUGUGCUAAUAUGGGUCAUGUUUAUUUAUUGUGAUAUAUGAUAAAAUUAUUUAAAAUAUUAAAUCAAAACAAAUUAUUAUAUGACACAAAAUGUGUAUACAAACAGAUUUUAUGGUGUUGUGUAUAAUGUGGGUUGCUAUUGUACAUCUUUCAAAAGCAAAUGUUGGUAAAAAUCCUGUUACUCAUUUGACGGCUACUAAAAUCUUAAACUAAUGAAUUAGAGUUUAAUUAAUUUUAGUCCAAUGAUUUAUUCAAAAGAAUGAAUCAUUAAACAGAACGAUUUAAAAAAACAAUUCCAAUUGGGCCCAACUGAUUCAGUAUAUAUAUAUAAUUGUCAACAGAAGCAAUACAUUUUUGUAGUUGUUCUGAGUUCCAUAUACUUAUUAUUAAUAAUGAUGUUUACAGGUCAAACUGAUUUUAAAUUUUAAAAUGAAUUUAAAAAUCACACUGAAAAUAAUAAAUAGUAGUAAUUUUAAACAGCAAAUAGAUCAAAACAAUAGUGUAUUGUCAAAAAUGAUUACAAAAUACAUUGCAAAAAUAAAACAAAAGAAAUAUGAGAAAAUAUGAUGAAUAAAAGAUGUACUAAGCACUGCGAUGUAAUGUUAAUGAUGGAUGUGUACUAAUAAACUUAUUAAACUCA